ACAUGAUUGCUACAUAAGAACUACUGAAUUGACGUUUUAUUAAAAACAAUUAAGCAUGAGAGACACGAGUGGGUUUAUUUUCUUUUUUAAUUUUUUUCUGUCCUUGAGUGUUUGAACAUUUACUGCUAAGUUAACCAUAUCUGUUACCAACUAAUUACAUUGACUUGUUGGCCAAAAAAAAAAGGUACAAAACUCAAGUGCAUCCAUGGUUGGAAUUUCAGGGCACUCUCAUAUCUGGUGAAGGAAUCUCUUCAACUCUCCCCCACACAGGAGAAAGUUACCUCCAACGACAAAACUGGCCAGCUUAUUUCUUUGGAUUAAUAUAAAUCAAAACCAAUGAGAAGGAAAGACUUUAGUUGCAGGAAUAAAAUUUGUCAACGAGGACGACCCACGUUUGGUUCUUAUAUUAAGGACCAUUUCUGUUGUCUCAAUAGGGGUGGUGGCCAUUUUAUUAUUACAAAUCCUUCAUGCUUUAAACCUUCAAUCAUGAAUCUCCCUUCCUGAACAACAUCCUGCCUUGCUUUUCUUUUUUAAUGUCUGAAUGAGCUGGCAUAGCAUCUUUAUCCUGGACUGCAAGUUCCUUUUAAGCACCCUUUGGAUUUCUAGUCUUGAAGUUGAACUUUCAAGGGGUCACUGAGUUUUUGAUUGUCUAAGUUUUCGAAAUGGGACGACAACCUUGUUGCGAUAAGCUUGGAUUAAAGCGCGGGCCAUGGACAAUUGAGGAAGAUCAUAAGCUGAUGAACUUUAUUCUCAACAAUGGUAUUCAUUGCUGGCGAACGGUUCCCAAGCUUGCAGGUCUGUUGAGAUGUGGGAAAAGUUGCAGAUUAAGAUGGAUAAACUAUCUGAGACCAGACCUUAAAAGAGGGGGUUUUACAGAAUCAGAAGAAGAUCAGAUUAUUCAACUUCAUUCGCGUCUUGGAAACAGGUGGUCCAAGAUUGCUUCACAUUUUCCUGGUCGUACAGAUAAUGAAAUCAAGAAUCAUUGGAACACUCGAAUCAAGAAGAAGUUAAAGCUCCUUGGUCUGGACCCUGUGACACACAAGCCUAUUGAGAAGGCAGAGAAAACUGAUGGUAAAAAUAAGAUGACCUCAGACUCUAAUUCAUCUGAUAAGCAAGAAGCAAGCAUAGAGUCAAAGUCAGAGGAUGAUUAUGGGAUGACAGUUUCUCCAAGAAGAGAUGAGAAACUAGAAGAGAUUCUAGUAACUUUGGAUGAAACAAAUGAUCUAUUGAACAACUACCAUAUGUUGUGUGGAAGCUUUGAUUUGGAUUCAUGGUUGAACCAUGAUAUAAAUACUUCUUCCUCUUACACAUCUUCGUUCUCCUUGGAAGAAUCCAACAAUCCUUCAAUGGGUGAAACCAACUCUAUCCAAGAAGACUCUUUAAAGCAAUGGGUUGUUAGUGUGGAUUCAUUUCUCUCAUGGGAUGGCUUUAGUCAUCUGGAAGAAAAUUCUUUUCUCCUUGGAAAAUAGGCAUUUGAACAUAACUUUUUCCAUGCCCAAGUUUCUUUACAAUCCUAUCAUUUAGCAGUAAAAAAGUUCAGAAAAAGUGAUUCAGAUUGAUGAUAUCUGCUACCAAAACUUCAACUCUUUUAAAUCAUCUGGAAA